UCUUUCUGCUUGUCUCGUCGUUUUGUGUUGUGGAGGGGAGUCCAUAUUUUUCGGUGAAGAGAGCCGAGGAGAGGAGAGGAGAGGAGAGAAAAGAGGAGGAUCCCCGCCGGAGAAGUACAUUCUUGUUCCACCGGAGCUCCACCUGCAAUGGCGGCGAAGCACGAAGAGCUUCCUAUUCCCAUUUACUCGACGCUCGACCCGGUGUACGGGGAGGGCUCCCAGCUCGAGGAAGCCCAGCUCCGCUUCGACAUGCUCAAAUCCAAGUUCACCCAAGUCUUUGGCCGUUCUCCCGACGUCUUCGCUCGAUCCCCCGGGAGAAUGAACUUGAUUGGGGAGCACAUUGAUUAUGAGGGAUACUCGGUGCUGCCUAUGGCUAUAAGGCAGGACACUAUCAUCGCUAUCGCGAAGAAUGAAUCGGAGAAGCUUCUUCGGAUUGCAAACGUUAAUGACGCCAAGUACACAAUGUGUACUUAUCCCGCUGAUCCCGUGCAGGAAAUUGACUUGAAGAAUCAUAAAUGGGGUCAUUAUUUCAUUUGCGGGUACAAAGGUUACCAUGAGUAUGCUAAAUCCAAAGGAGUGGAUGUUGGUGAACCGGUUGGACUUGAUAUUAUGGUUGAUGGAACUGUCCCUACAGGCUCUGGGCUAUCAAGCUCUGCAGCAUUUGUGUGCUCUUCUACAAUUGCUAUUAUGGCUACUUUUGGCGAGAACUUUCCAAAGAAAGAAAUUGCCCAAUUGACUUGUGAAUGUGAGCGGCAUAUUGGGACUCAAUCCGGUGGCAUGGACCAGGCAAUUUCUAUCAUGGCGAAACCUGGAUUUGCUGAGCUUAUUGAUUUUAAUCCAAUCCGUGCUACAGAUGUGCAACUCCCUGCCGGUGGGACUUUUGUAAUAGCCCAUUCGUUGGCAGAAUCUCAGAAGGCUGUUACCGCUGCUACAAACUACAAUAACAGAGUUGUAGAAUGUCGGUUAGCUGCGAUUGUCCUUGGCAUCAAGCUUGGAAUGAAACCUCAAGAGGCAAUAUCAAAAGUCAAAACUUUGUCUGAUGUUGAAGGAUUAUGUGUAUCAUUUGCCUCAAGCCGGGGUUCCUCUGAUCCGGUCAUUGCCGUUAAGGAACUCCUUCAUGAGGAACCCUAUACUACUGAGGACAUUGAGAAAAUCACCGAGGAAGAACUUCCAUCUGUUCUGGGCCAUUCUCCAAGUUCUUUGGAUGUGUUAAAAGUUGCAAAGCAUUUCAAAUUAUAUCAGAGAGCGUCGCAUGUCUAUUCUGAAGCCAAACGGGUGUAUGCUUUCAAAGAUACUGUAUCUUCCAAUUUAAGUGAUGAAGCCAAGUUAAAGAAGCUUGGCGACCUUAUGAAUGAGAGUCACUACAGCUGCAGUGUCUUGUACGAAUGCAGUUGCCCUGAAUUGGAGGAGCUGGUGAAGAUAUGCCGGGACAACAAUGCCCUUGGGGCUCGACUCACCGGAGCCGGGUGGGGAGGCUGUGCUGUUGCUCUGGUGAAGGAGGGAAUCGUCCCGCAGUUCAUUCUCAAUCUGAAGGAGGGAUUCUACCAGUCGAGGAUCGAGAGGGGGCUGAUAAGCAAGAACGAUCUCGGCCUCUACCUCUUUGCCUCGAAACCAUCUAGUGGUGCAGCCAUUUUCAAGUUCUAGUUCCCUCCCGGCCCAUUAUGCAGAGCGGAAUGGGAAGGUUGGUUUUCCAAUGACAUGCCUCUUUCUCGCUGUUAAGAGCAUCGAGAGCAGCCCAAAUAAAGGUCGAACUUCCUCGGUAUAUAGUAUAACUAGAGAGAGCUCAAAUAAAUAGGAAUUCCCUCAACCUUGUGAUUACUCCAAGUUGUUUUAUUAACAAUAAGCGCCGUGUAUGAGUCUUGUAGAACUGUGGUAACCAGUGCUCGAACCAUUGCUUGGGAAGAUUAUCAUUCGACCGAAGUUCGAAAUGCAAGGUAGAUUCUGUUUCGAAGUGUA